GCCGUGGGUGGUGGCCGGCCGCAGUGCGCAUGAGUUCGGGGCUGGCUGCUCGGUAGAGCCCGCUCCGAAGUGUCGGUCCGGCACCUGCCCGUCGCCGUCUUUCGUCUGGGCUCGUUCUCGGACCUCGCCCUGACGGUGCGGCUCCCUGCGGCCGAAAUGAAUAAAGCUAGCAGCCCUACGUAAUACGCUGAUGACAUUCUACGCUGCAUCAGGAUCGAUCAGUCAAGAAGGUGUGAUGCCUAGAAAUCUCUUGUCAGAUUCUCCUGAAAUGGCAUCCGAAAUCUCUCCAAAGCGUGCACUUGGGAGCAUGGAGAGUGGUGGCAGCAUGGAGAAUCGUGGCAGCCAAGCUAGGUGCAGAAAUCUUGCCUUGGAUGAUGAGAGUCUGAAAUACUUAACUCACGAAGAGCAGGAUGUUCUCAUGUUCUUUGAGGAAACCAUAGAUGCCUUAGAAGAUGACUUGGAGGAGCCAGUCCUACGUGACAGUGGCAUCCACUGUCAGUCUCCAAGGUCAACAGAAGAAAAUGUGUCCAGUCAUUCAGAGACUGAAGAUAUCAUCGACUUAGUACAGUCAACACCUGAGAGCAGUGACCAUGAAGGCCCUCCUAGCAGAGAUGCAGAACCAGGUAUGUCAGAUGCUACCUGGAGAACUGAAAGCCCUAAGCCAGCUGUACCUGCUGAUCUUCCCCCACGUUCCCCUGUACCACCACCAUCGAUGGCUGAGACGCUUCCUCUUCCUCCUCCACCCCCUCCUCCAGUGCAGCAUCCAAAAUUGCUUCGCUCUAUCCCCACUCCGCUCAUCAUGGCCCAGAAGAUGUCUGAGCAGCAGAUGGAGAACAGGGUGCGCUUCCCCAGUGCCCUCAAGGAAGGGAAUUCGGACAGGAAGAAAACCCCAGUAGCCAAUGGUGAUUAUUCUGCAGCUCCAAAGCACCCACCUGCACCUGCACCCAAACUGCACCGGUUCCCGAGCAACAUCAACAUAACAAAUGUCAGUGGCAAGGAAUUCAAUGAGACUAUUUCAAAAGCAGCAGUUAAUGUCCAGGAGAGGAGAGCUCAGGUGCUGGCCAACAUCAAUGGAGGAGCUUUUCUGGCAGCUGAACUGGAGGAGAAGCUGCAGAAAAAUGAUUUCUUGUCGCGUAACAGAAGUUCUUCCUUAAGGGAUCUUUCCUCUGAGCAAACACGAUAUGAGGCCCUGACAAAACUUGGCCUAGUUAAGGGAAAGCCAGCUCAGGACCAAGUAGACUGUGCCCCAAGCACUCAGCAGCUCAAUGCGCAGCCCAAACAGGCAGACGCUGUUCCCAAUGGAUAUCAAAACAUCCAUGAGAUUUUAAAAAGCGAGCCCAGCCCUUUCCUUCCUAUGGGCAAAACUGUAACGAUCAAACCAGAGGUAGCUCUUGCUGCUAACAAGGUCAGCAACACACAGCAGAACACACCAAAAAGUUUUAAUGAUUAUAAACAACCUAGUCUAAACCUGGAUAUGAGGAGGAGGUCAGGUUCGCUGCCUAGACCUUCAGGAUUUCGAUCCCAAGGGAUAACAGUAAAGUUUUCUGGCCGUGGCUCAACAGAAGAAGCUAGGAGAGAGGCACUUCGGAAACUGGGGCUACUGAAAGAGACUGCGUAAUUUCAAUGGGAAUGUUUUAGCAGCAGGAGGGAAGUCAUAGCAUGACUUUGUGCUAAAAUUGUCCCAACAGGGUUGGGAUCAAACAGGCUAGAAGAAGAAAAGGGAAGUUCUCUGCUUCUGGCAAGCUAAGGAGGUACUAGACACUGUGGAAUGGCCGCUCGUGUUUAUCCCAGAAGGACUGGCACCACGAGUGGUCACGUACAGCAGUGGGUUUCAGCUCUCCUUCCUGCAAGGAUGCUCAUCUGUUGCUCUUCGUGACUAAGAGGAAUUUUAUUUAAAUAACCCUGAACUAUAGCAGACAGGAUCUCGUUAAUGAAGUGUACAGUGCAGUAUUGUUGUACAUAGCAAACUGAAUGGCGAAUCUUCCUUUCGCUCUUUCUGAAGCCAAAAAUGAGCACUCCGUUUGUCUUGCCCACAUGUGUAUGUCUGUUCAUGGAAGCUUGAGAUAAUGUCAAAACUGAAAUUUCUGACCAAUUCUGACACGCUUCCAUGACUCUGUUGUCUGUUUUAUCUGGCUUGGCUUCAUUCCCUGACAGUGGUGGAGUCGUCUGCUUCCUUGCUCUGUCCCCACUCGACUCAAGACUGCACAGAGGGUGGCUUCUCUUUUGACCUUCUCUUUGACAGAGCGGCCCAAGCUUUGAGUGGAUGACUGCUUCACUCUGCUGCUUCACUUGGAGUCUUGCCUUUCUUCCCAGCCACCUGCUUCUUGGUCACGCUCUAGCAACCUACGUGUCCAGUGAAAGGCACCAGAUGAGCCUCAAGGAUAUGCACUGGUUUGCGCACUGACAGCCAAAGAGUCUCCAGACAAUCUGUGACCCAACUGUUCUGCACCAGUGAUGACCGUAUAGCAGAGAAGCCAUAGGAACAAGUUAACUUUGUACCAAAUGCGAGAACCUUAUGUCAAAAAUCUUAUCUUUUACGUUAGGGUUCCUGUGAAGAAACUGUUACUUUUUGAACAAUAGCUAUACUACGCUGAAUAGUUUUAAGUUCUGUUACUUCUAAAAACUGUCAGUUGAUCUUCCUGUAGUUUGAUAGCCCUAAUAAUCCUCUGUUCACAGCCUUAUUUGAUUCUGCCCUGCCAAUGCAUAACAGAAGUUACAGCCAAAAUUCUUGCAGGCUGAGUGGAGUUACAGGGGAGCGCUGUAUGGAAGACCACGUCACUCCUGAAUGGUCCGAGUUGGCGUUAUUUUGCCUUUGUUCAAUAGACAUGCUUUUAAAGAUGGUCUCAAAGUAUAUUUGUGUAUUGGUAUGAUUUUUUUUAAUAUGGCAAAGCUGCUCUUCCACAUUAAAAUUCCCUUCCCUUUUUGUACACCUGAAAACAUCAAGAAUAGCCAUUUUAAAAUCAAAUGCCAAACUCCAGACCCUCUAAACUUCUUGUUAUUUCUGCAUGUUUAUGAGUUCUCAGUGUUUUGGUUUGGGUUUGGUUUUUUUUUUUUCCCUCUAAAGGGAAAAACUCACUUAUUCUCUGCACUUUCUAAAGCCUGAAGCAACCCCCUCUUUUUCCCAAGCAGCUGAGUAAUAAACCUUGGAGAAGAGGAGGGGAGUGGCGUGGCUAUAAUAGAAACUGACACACCCUUCAGCGAGGAGCUCUGACAUAACUGUGAUAAACAAGUUUGUAGUUCUUCUGAUAAAGUAUUUCAAACUUGCUGAGCUGUACGUGUAAAUGAAGCUGUCGUGAAGCAAAAAUCUUUGUGUCAUUUUUAACCUGCCUCAUAAGUUAAAGUUUUUUUUGUGUUUUUUUUUUUUUAAAUUAUCUGCUUGCUGCUUAAAUUUUUAAUUGUGUUGUUAUGGUAUCUGGCUGGUUCUGUUGUGUAGUUAUUCUUCUCAGCCUUUUCACUGGGUAAGUGAUCAUGUUGCUCACUGACAGGCAUAGUAUACAUAAGCAAUCAGUAAUUAAAAUACGUGGCCAUUCCUCUGUCUGGCAAAGCACUUAGGCAUGCAUAAUCAAAUGUGAGAAGUGCCGCUGAAACAAAAAAGGCUGCUUGUAUGCUGCGAGUAAAGCACAGAGUUAUUCUGCUGGGCUCUGAGUCUAAAUCAGAAAGACAAGGAAGCCCAUAAAACACAUCCAAGCACCUGCUUCAGUGCAGCCUGGAAUGGAGUCCUGCAUGUGGAUGAUGCGUCGUAAUUUAUUAACAUAACCUGCGAAGUAAAUUUAAAUGUUUCAUGACCUUUGUGCUUUUAAAUCCUGCUAAAGCAAAUUCUGCAUUAUAAAUGUGAAGUGCGUACAAAGCAAUCUUCACAUCUAAUCAUUUCUUGCCAGCUCUUCUUUGAGUUGUUUACAGCUGAGAGUCCAUGCUAAGCAAACGGGGCGGGGGGGAAAAGCCCUGACACUAAUUGUUUCACUGAAAGUUAGUCCUAUUCAAUAACUCUGUAACAUAACCCUAUUUAAAAAAAAAUUAAAUUAGAUGUUUAAUAUUUAAAAUAUAAAGUUGCAGUAUGCUGAAUUAGCUGGAUCAUGUUCUUUCAUCCUUUGUGCAGGGCUGUGUCCUCAACCGGUGGGAAGUGAGAGUUCGAUCUUCAUUAGAUAAACCAAUUUCUGCCCAGUGAGGGCUUGGAACGAGGUAUUCAUCAUUGUGGCCCUUCAUUAUAGCAAUUAUCCUAUUGGUAAAUUCUUCUCUGUGCCUAAAACUGUAGUAAAUAAAGCCAUGUACUAAAUGAAGUUAAGAGUCUAGCUGCUAAUAACCUGUAUAUAAAUCUAGCUCUAUUUUGUGUAUCUUGUUUUGUGUGUAUAUAUUGUUGUGAUUUAAUUUUUCCCCCCCUUGUGUUAGAGGUAACUGUCUUGCACAAAUCUGAUAAAUCAUCUAUUAAACUGGGAUAAAACCAA